AACGUGCUUUUUGUCCUCUAAAAACACAAACAUAGAGGGUGAAAAAGGAAACGUGUUUUUCUGUCAUCAGCCUUUGCAACAUGUCAGAAUGUUUCAUUAAUUUGUAAAGUUUUUCUUAAAUAUUUAUUUGCGGCGCGUACCUCCUGUCUCACCUGUCACUCAACUGUCAGGUCGAUCCUCCUCCUUUUCCUCCUCUCUCCUUCCUGUUUUCACAGAUGCUCUCUGGCCUUUUUUUAUCCUCCUGUGUUCCACCGUCCUUCAGUCCCUCCCACUCUGUCCCUUUAAGCCCCAUCUUUCAGCCUCCCUUCUCUAGAGAAGCGCUCCCUCAGGAUCAGUUUGUUGCAGCUCAGAUUGUAGCUAAUAUUAUUAGGUUGUUUUAUUUUUUCAUUUGGGAGAAGAGUGCAAGUUCUGGGCUGCAUGUUCGUGGACUGAAGGUGUGAAGGAGUUUCAGGCUGCAGGUGUCACGAUGCGUUCAGGGUCAGCGUUUGGAUGGACGUCUUUGCUCCUCCUGCUCCUGAGGAUCCUUACAGCUCAGGCUGCAGAGGAGACCUGUCAGCCUCCUGGUCCGGCGGGGGAGCAGCACCCUGUUCAGGCUCUCCUGGAGAACGUUGAGGUCGGCCCAGGCUGCGCCGCAAGAGAACACGGCAACAAGGAAACGCACGCCGUGGCGUUGGGGAGCGCUUUAAGCAACACUGAGGACAAGAUGGCUGUGCUGCUGCAGCCUCUGUCUCCAUCCCCACAUGCUCUCCGGUCCAUCCACCUGGUGCUGAGCUCCAAGUUCCCCAUCACCUGGUUCCUGCAGAACGAGGGCUUGCCCUCCAACCUCUCCGUCUGGGUGCAGGUUUCUGCCAACUCCACCGUUCAGUCAUUCAAUCUGAACGCCCGCGUCCAAACCAUCAGCUCGUUACCUUUCCGUCCUUUUUCUCUGCACCGCUGGGCUUUGAAGCACCAUGGCAACCUGUCCUCUCUGAUUCACACCAUGCACGGGAAUCGAGUCUACAUCCGGCUGGGAGAAGAUCCAUCCCUUCCCACUGUCUGCCGCCUGCAGUCCAUGUUCCUCUCUCAGAACUACAAGGCCUCUGACCUGCAGCCACAGGAAGUGCAAGGCUGUGCCUUCGCCAGAAGGGGCGGGGCCAGUCCCGAGGUGCACGUGAUCAGGCUUCACUCUGCAGACGCUGGGCUCUGCGGGUAAAAACCGGCAGCUUUUGAGUCCUAAAUGAGACAUGAGUGAUCUUGAGUUCUACCUCUCCCAGCUCUCUGCAGGUGGAGGUGACUGUCUCACUACUGCCCCCGGUGGCCGCUUCGAAGGCAGCAAAGGUGGUGCUGAUUCUCAGCAGCCUGGUGCCCGUCAGUUGGGUCGUUGUAGCUCGUCGUGUGGAGGGUCACGUCACUGUUCAUGUACGAGUCCCAUUUUCAUUCAAGUAUUUACUGUCUUUUUAAACACUUUUUAAACUUUUUUUUUGUGGCGCAGUCCUCCAGCAGAGUUUCUCCCCCCUACCCACCCGAGCCCGGCCUAACCCUGUCCAGCAGGCUCCACUCUGACCUUCCUGCCACACCGGAUCUCAUCACCUGGGCCAAUGAGAGGGGCUACCCCGAGGUGACCUCAUACACCGAGGCUGACCUGGCCAACCGCUUUGUGAUCCAGCUGGCUGAGGGGGGGGCAGGUCAGGACAGUCGUCUGUGAAUUCACCAAAACUAUUCCUAUUGAUUGAUAGAAUUGUUGCCCUGCAAACAGAUGAUCAGCCGGAUUGCAUCCUCUGGUGUUGACCUCAGUCUGUUUGUAGAACAGGUGGGACUGCAGGAGGGAAGUCUCUGCUGGACAGGCCUCCCUGGGCCGAGGAGCGCCGGCUGAGACAGUGGUUGAACACCGGAGAUGGAGCCGCAGGAGGCCGAGAGAGCUUCACCGUGAGCUGUGAGGGCGGACGUCUCAGCGUGACGCUGGACAAGCACAUCCUGCAGGGUUUGUCCGUCUCGGUUGCUGCAGUGACUCUACAGGACACGACCUGCCAGGCUGAGCCCAACGCCACCCACUUCCUGUUAGACUUCCCUGUCACUUCCUGUGGGACCGCGGCAGAGCAAGAGCCCAGAGGAGUACAGUACAGAAAUAUGGUGAGAAAGGAAAAGCAGUGAGAAAAAAAUAUACUUUUAACAGUUGUUAUAGUCCUUUAGUGUAGACAUGCCAAUGUGUGCAAUUAUUGUAUUUAUUUAUUUGAAUCUCAAACACGGCUGCUUUAAUAAAAUCCUGAAAAAUGUUUCUCUAAUUCUCAAUAAAUUAAUUCUGAUUAAGUAUUGUUAAUAGAAAAAGAAAAAAGUAUACAUUUUUGUAAUAUUGUCACUACUUAUAAUAAGCAAUUGUUUUAAUAUUAAAUAAAUGUAACAAACAUGUUUAUGAUUAAAAUAAAAACUGAAAGCAAUUUCAACUUAAAAUGUUAUUAUUUUUUAUUUACUGUUCUUAACAAAACUCGUCAGAAAUCCUACACCCCCCCCUUCAAAAUCUGCAUUUAAAAUAAAUGCGAAUAUCGUUUUUGGAAUAGUUUUAGAGCUAUAUUCACACAUGAAGAUGAUUUAAUAGUUUAUUUUUUUAACCAUUUAUGUUCAUAAAUAACAACCAUGAUAAACAAUUUCAAAUAUAGUGUAAUUUUGGCAAAAAAACAAAUCAAUAAAAUUUGAAAAAACACAUUUUCCACAAUUUCUAUUUUCUUAUUUUAAAAAAAAAAUGUAAGAUUGAAAGAGAUAAAAUGAGAUUAUGAACAUUAAUUGUUGCUAAUCAGAAACUAAAAUCUGACAGCAGGAUGGAAUUAAAAAAAAGAAAAAUGAGAUUUAAAUAAACAUCAAAUACACUUUUUUAAACGAUUGUCAUGAUUUAUGACGACAAAACCCACCAACAGUCAUUGUAUCAUUUCGGCAAGGAUUUCAAACAGACAUGGAUAUUUUGGAAGCUUUACUU